UUGGAGAGUUUGGAGUUUGGGGAGUUUGGAGUUUGGAGCGUUGCGGUUGGGAUCCUGGCCGGGAUGCCUUCCUUGUCCCAGCAGCUGUUGCUGCCCCCCCUGACGUUGGCUGUGGUGUGUCUCCUCCUCGGGGGGAAACCUGCCUACGCUGGAGUCUGCUGGUUACAGCAGGGGAGGAACGGCAAGUGUCAGGCGCUGUCAAUGACCAGGAUUAUCCGUGAGGAAUGCUGUGGGAGCGGGAAUGCCCAGGCCGCCUGGACCAGCCAGGACAUCCCUGAGGGAGAGAUCCUCAAGCUCAUCAUCCUCGGGGGAGUGGGCUGCCACCCCUGUCACAAGACGUGCGAGGACGUGGACUGUGGCCUCGGGAAGAUCUGCAAACUGAACAAACACGCCAAGCCCACGUGUAUCUGUGCCCCCGACUGCUCCAACGUGACAAAGAGAGUUCCCGUGUGCGGGACAGACGGCAAGAUCUACAGCGACGAGUGUGCUCUCCUCAUGGCCAAGUGCCGUGGGCUGCCCGAGCUGGAGGUCCAAUAUCAGGGCGAGUGUAAGAAGUCCUGCACGCAGGUCUUGUGCCCGGGCAGCUCCAUGUGUGUUGUGGACCAGACGAACAGCGCUCACUGCGUGAUGUGCCGUGUGAUCCCGUGUCCGGAGCCGCUGUCACCUGGUCAGGCGCUGUGUGGCAACAAUGGGCUGACGUAUCCCAGUGUCUGCCACCUGCGGAGGGCAACCUGCCUCCUGGGCAAGUCCAUUGGCGUCGCUCACUACGGCAGGUGUAACUCCUCAGAAGAAGACAUCAAGGAGAGAGGAGAGCAUCAGGACAACACUGUGUUCUCUAAGAUGUUGCUGGGAUGGUAGCUCUCAGCCCGGCUCGGAACAGAGAGAGACACAGAGACACAGACAGAGAGAGAGAGAGGCAGAGAGAGA